AUGAUCGUCAAUAUUCGUGGUGUAUCCGAUGCGAUCUCCCCACAAGGACAUGUUGCCAAUGCACUGAUUGCAAUUCGAUCUGAUGAGUUCGAUGAUCCAAGAUCACUAUCGAGCAUUGCAAUGACAAUUCGUCGCUCAAUUAUUCGAGCACGUGAUCCAAAAUUUCUCGAGUCAUGGAUUUCAACAACUGAUAAUCUCAUGAGAAAGAUGGUUGCUAACAAUCGAGUGCCUAAUGCACGACCUCCACCAGGAGAGAUCAUUGUCAAUUCAUAUUUAAGAUAUGAUUGGGCUGAUCUUGUCGAUUUUGGUCAUUCGAAUAAGUGUCGAUUUUAUGCAACACGAGCAGAUGUAUCAUAUAUACGUAUAUUUCGUCUCAAUCCGAUAUAUGAUGGUAAGAAAUGGAUAGAAAGAGAUCUACAAGGGGCUGAAGUAGUCUUUCGUAUUAAUAAUACAAUCAAGGAAAGAUUGUUAAAUGCACGGAAACAAGAUGUUGAAGAGAAUUUUAUCAAUGUCAAAAAAUAAAUGAAUUGAACACAAAUUAUUUAAGAAAAAGAAAUAAGACUGCUGAAUAUUGUAAGGAAUGGAAGAUUGAUGAACUCAAACAUUUCAGCUAGGUUUUUUUGUGAAAAAUGUUCAAAAUAAACAAAUUAUCUUAUUUUCUUUGUUUUACUUUGUUAUGAGAGAUGUAUACAAUCAAAAAUCAGAAAAGUACAUGUCACUUCUAUUAUAUUAUCUAUGUUUAAAUAGAAUACAUUUAAUCGUUUGUUGCACUAUCUCUAGAUCAUAAUCGACUAUUGAUCUGUACUUUUUAAUAUUGGAUCGAACAAAUUCAAAGAUCAAACGAUAAAAGUAUUUGUUAUUGACUUUUACUUGACAAAAACUGUUCACACUUCUAAGUAAAACAUCAAUCAAAUAUUCGAGCAUUGUUUUUGAUAUACUUUCUUAUUACUCGAGAAAAUCUUCAUUCAUGUAACAAGGAUAAUCGAUAAAAAGUUGAAUAUUGAAAUGAAAAGUCAAUAAUUUCGUUUAAUAAUAGAACAUAUGAAUCAUAUUGAAAUCGUGCUAUGUUGAUGAAGACAGAUAUGCAUGAUUGAUCGCGUAUGAGAAACAAACGAAAAUUAUGUUGCACUUAUGAUAUUGCUUAAUAGAGUUUCGAAUGUCCAGCCGAGAACCACAGACGAGACACACAAAACCUUUCUCCUCUUGCAAAUUGAAAUUAUUCAUGCCAUUUCUUUUUUUAAACGAUUGUGACUCACUUGUCUGUAAUGUCAAUUUUGUCACAUUUCAUUCCAUAAUUAUACUGUAUUGCUCAUGUUGACAAUCAUACGUAUACACAUUUCCUCCAGAAGUGCACUAGAGUUUUCAUCGGCUUGAUUUCAAUUGUUUCAUACUUUGAAAACUAAUAAAACUUAAAAAUAUAAUUGAGUAGAUGACAAUGAGUCUUAAGAAGAUAUUUACUCAUGUCACCACUUUUUUAACAACUGCGUCGCAGUUACGCGCAGUAGCCAUUCUGCGACGCAGUUGCGCAUAACUGCGACGCACUGGCCGCAGUUGAGAUUAAAGAAAUAGACUGCUUUCACUGCGACGCAUUUGCGUUCGCAUCUACGACGCAGUGAGUGCAGUGCCUGCUAAAGUGUUCACUGUUCUCGCAGUUGCUGAAAAAAUAGCCAAUAAUAAAUAAGUAUCUUAAUUUUCCAAUUCGAUGGUUCUUAAACACCAAUAAUAACGGCUAAAUGGAGUAUAAAAGGACACAUCUCAAGCAUACGACCUCAUUUCUUUCUUUUUCGAUCACCAAGACACUUCAUUUAGUCUCUCAAAUUAUCCAGGUAAGCAUCGUGGAUACUUUAAUAAAAUAGUUAAAGUAGAGAUUUUUUCACCAAAGAAGGGCUUUUUUAAGAAAAGAACGAUUUUCUAUAAAGUUUGAUCAAAAGUUUUAGGGAUCGAGGAAUCAGAAUCUGGAAUCAGUUUUUCGAAAUUUUGAGUUCGAUUUUUUUUUUACAAACGAAGAUCUUUUUUAAGAAAAAACUGAUUUUUUUAUAAAGUUUGAUCAAAGGUUUUAGGAGUCGAGGAAUCCGAAUCUGAAAUCGGUUUUUCGAAAUUUUGAGUUCGAUUUUACCACAGAAAUUUUUUUGUAAAAAAAUAUUUUUUUUAAUAGAAAAAAUUAUUUUUUUUACAAAAAAUUUUUUUGUGAACCAGUUUGUUUCGUAAAUUUUUUUUGCUAAAAAAUCACUUUUUCACAAAAAAUUUUUCUGUUCAAAAAAAUAUUUUUUUACAAAAAUUUUUUGUUAAAAAACUCCUGUUUUUUACAAAAAGUUUUCUGUUAAAAAGAAUAUUUUUUUACAAAACAUUUUGUGGUAAAAUCGAACUCAAAAUUUCGAAAAACUGAUUUUAGACUCGGAUUCCUCGACUCCUAAAACCUUUGAUCAAACUUUAUACAAAAUCGUUCUUUUCUGAAAAGAGCUCUUCUUUUGUGAAAAAAAUCUCCACUUUAACUACUUUAUUAAAGUAUCCAUGAUGGUUACCUUGAUAAUUUGAGAGCCUAGAUGAAGUCCCAGGCAGUAAAAAUCGGUAAAAUAACAUGUAAUAACGCCUGAAAAUGUGCGCUUUUUACGUUUUCAAACGCAAAAAAAUUUUUUGUGGAAAAAUUGCGAAUCUGAAGAUAGUAAUGCUUGCAAACUUACUUUUUUCGAAACAUAACAAUGUUCUUUUUAGCGUUAAAGUGUGCGGUUUUAACACGUAAUUACGCAUUAAAAUAACCCAGGGUUCAUUUUAACGCGUAAUAACAUGUUAAAAACCACCUUUUAACGCGUUAUUACGCGUUAAAAACCGCAUUUUAACGUUAAAAACGAUUUUUAUUUUUUGAAAAAAAUAAGUUUGCAAGCAUUAUCAUCUUCAAAUUUGUAAUUUUUUCAACAAAGAAAAUGUUUGCGUUUGAAAACAUAAAAAGCGCACAUUUUAACGCGUUAUUACAUGUUAUUUUAUCGAUUCUUACUGCCUGGGGUGUCUUGGUAAUCGAAAAAGAAAGAAAUGAGGUCGUAUGCUUGAAAUGCGCCCUUUUAUAUAUAUAUUAUUUUCUAGAUAUUUAUUUUUUUAUUUUUUAGAUUUUUAUUUUUUUUCUAGAUUUUUAUUUUUUUAAAAUUUUCAUUUCUUAUAAACUUUUUAAAUUUUUCUACUUUUUUAAAAUUUUUUUAUUAGCAAUUUUUUGUAAUUUUUGUAAUUUUUUUAUUUUUUGUAUUUAAAAAAUUUUUGUAAUUCCUAAUAAAAAUAUUAAUAAAGUGAUAACGU